AUGUGGAUUGAGCAUUACAGCGAGCUCUAUGGGACAGAAGGCACAACUGACUAUAGCUUCAUGGACACCCUGCCUGACAACACCACAGCAGUCUUGACGAACAACCCGACGCUGAUGAGAUUAUACAAACCAUCAAGGGCCUGCGCUCUGAACAAAGGUGAAAGAAGUGACUGUUAUAAUUACCGCGCUAUAUCUCUACUCAGUGUCACUGGCAAGGUGCUUGCAAAGAUUAUCCUACGACGCCUUCAACAACUGGCUGAACAAGUUUAUCCUGAAUCCCAGUGUGGUUUUAGGCCCCAGUGGUUGACGACAGAUAUGAUCUCUGUGGUCCGCCAACUGCAGGAGAAAUCCAGGGAGCAGAGACAACCGCUGUAUCUCGCUUUUAUUGACCUAACAAAAGCAUUCGAUCUAGUAGAUCGGCGGUCUCUGUUCACAGUCCUGGAGAAGACAGGCUGUACACACAUCUUGCUCAUACUCGUCAAAUCUUUCCAUGACGGCAUACACGCCCGGGCACAAUCACACACAGCAACCUUGGAACAAGCACAGGAGUCUGUACUGGCGCGUGAUGACGGCAAUUUCUUCUGUUUAUCGCGCUUCAAGGCCAAGACACACGUCCAGGAGGUUGUCCAAGAGUUCCUCUAUGCGGAUGAUCCCGAACUGUGUGCCAGCACACCAGAACGGCUCCAGAACCUACUGUACUGCUUCACCGACGCAUGCGAAAAGUACGGACUCACGAUCGUCUCAGACACUGCUCACACCUUCACCAUCAAUGACAACAGUGGAUAA